AUGGACUUUGAUACGGCCAGCCAGAGCCUCUCACCAGGCACCGCCCUCCGGAACCCUGACCUGCGACUGCCCGCCACCUGCGAGCCCCCGUCUGAGAGCAAUCCACCGAAGCGCGCAGUAUGGAUUGUCUUCGGAGCUACCGGCCAUAUUGGUCGUUCUCUCGUUCGUACCAUUCUAGCCCACGGCGACCAGUGCACUGCUGUCGGCUGGACGCAUGAAAACACACCUGAGCAGAUGCAGGAGUGGCAGGAUCGCCGCUGCUUGGGAUUGUUGUGUGAUGUGAGAGUAAGAGAGACUGUCGGCCACGUGUUGACGAAGAGCCUCGAGCACUGGGGCAAGAUGGAUAUCAUUGUGAACAGCACAGGAUACGGUGUCAUUGGCGCGUGCGAAGACCAAGAUGACUACGACUUGCGCAACCAGUUCAGCACCAAUUUCCUCGGUACCCUCCACAUCAUCCAGCUGUCCCUUCCCUAUCUCCGCCAGCAGAAUGCCGGUCGCUAUCUCAUCUUUUCUUCCACCGCCGGAUCUCUGGGUGUUCCCGGACUUGGGCCGUAUUGCGCAACCAAGUAUGCUGUCGAAGGCUUGAUCGAGUCCAUGCUGUACGAAAUCGACGCCUUCAAUAUCAAGGCUACGCUCGUUGAGCCUGGCCAUGUUAGACUGGACGAACCAGACGACAAUGUCGUUCCCUCCAGCUAUCCUAUCACGCCUCGUGCAGGGCCUCCAAAGCCCAAACGGUACGGUCACUUUUCGGUGAAGCCAAAUCCAAGCGAGCCGUAUGCAAACUUGACGAGUCCUGCUCAGCAUGCAAGACGAAUGGUGCAGUGGCUGAACGACAGGCAACCCGUAAGCGCUGUGAAAAGCGCAGAGCUCGUGUGGCAGUUGGGUCACUGCAGCUUUCCACCCUUGAGAUUGAUCCUGGGCAGCUACGCUGUUGAUAGCAUUCGCGAUCGUCUGAGGAGUAUCACGGAAGAGGUAAAUGCGCACAACUUCGAAACGUGUCGAGGAAUCGCUGCUAAUGCCAUUCAGAUCGAGGACUGGAAGCACCUGUCGUUCCAAGUCACCGCUACAGAUGAAGAUGCUACUUCGGAAAAAGCCAUUUCAGAGAAGGGCAGAGCUGGAGAUGAUGAGCAAGACGAAUACAACGAAUGA